GGCUUUCAGUUCCCAUUCCAUCAUGCUCCGCAGGCUCCCACUGUAGAGCACAGUGGGGAAGAAGUGAGUGGUAUGGGCAUGUUCUGAGCUUGGGCCCUGUGCCAUGAGACAAUUGGCACAAGAGUAAAUCUGCUACUGCUGCAAACGCUGACGCUCACUAAAGCGGAGCACGUCUCUCUCAGCCCUCUGCGGCCACCUCCAGACCACCAUGCCUAUUUCCUCGGUGGAACCCAAACCUGGGGACCUGAUAGAGAUUUCCCGCUUUGGAUACCAGCACUGGGCUAUCUAUGUGGGAAACGGUUAUGUCAUCCACUUGGCUCCCGCUUGUGAGAUCGCUGAAGCCGGGUUCUCCAGCUUGAUGUCCGUGGUGGCUGAUAAAGCCAGAGUGAGGAAGGAACCCCUGUGGGCAGUGGUGAAAGGUGAUGACUACCGAAUCAACAACAAGCUCGACAGGAAGCUGCCCCGGCGGAGGAUAGACCAGAUUGUCCGGGAGGCAGAGUCUCUGGUGGGGAAGACGAUGUCAUACAGUGUCACCAGUGAGAACUGCGAGCACUUUGUCACCAAGCUGCGCUAUGGAGAGGCCAGGAGUGACCAGGUCCGAGAUGCCAUGAUUGCAGGGGUAGUGGGGAUCGCGGGCUUUGGAGCCCUUCUGGCAUUAGCUACAGGCAUUAGCAAAUUGCUCUCUGACAAGCAUGAGGAUGAAUAAUGUAGACAUCGGCCUGGGCCAAAGACUCCAGCAAGGACAAUGGGAGCUGAUCUUUACAGGAGCCAGCUUAUCUUUUUACUGCUUUCUCCUUUGGGACCACUGCUUUUGGGAGUUUGUUCCAAUGGUUAAUCAUGUACACUGUGAAACACCGGUGCCUUAUUUCGAACUGGAGCAGGUCUGGCUUUAACUUCCAACCACUGGGUCUUGUUCUGCCUUUAUUUGCUAGAUUAGAGAUUCCUUGAGUGCCUGGAAUUUUCUCCCCAUGAAGGUACUUAUACAAAGUAAUCAAGCCACCUCUCAACUGAAGCUAAAUCGAUCAGAUGCUUUAAAGCUCCACUUUCAGGCAUUUUUUCCAGCCUCAGAUUCCGUUUGUGGCUUUUCUCUCCACCCUCUCCAAUUUAGCAACAUGAAUGUUAAAUCUCAGAGGGGAAGCCAUGUUAGUCUGCCAAAGUGGUUUUUAAUCCAUGAAAGUUGAAGCCCAAAUAAAUCUGUUAGUCUUUAACAUGCCACAGGACUCUUCAUUGUUAAAGCAACUAGGUUUUUAGACAUUUGGGACAUUCUUGGAGAGUGCGUGUAUAAAUCUAGCUAGGAAGAUUCUGCAGCAAAUCAACACGCUUGCAUCAGCAUUGACAGAUUGUAUAGGUCAUGCCGAGCCACUUGCUAUGAAAGAAAUAAAAGCUUUGUGCACUUGCCUGA